UGGUUACCGAAUAAACUUGUUAUGACGGACGAGGUGUAAAAUCCCUCCCAAGAGAUUUUGUCAUGGUGGGCCAAACGUCACAUUCUGGUAUAACAUUUGAAUCUCAUAACAUAGAUAAAUCGUUUCUACUUAAAAAGGCCAGCUGACUGGAGGGAACAAAAUGGCUGCAUCGCUACGGGGUCAGCUGGGGGUCAAAAGCAGCCCACUGUGCCCCACAGCCAGUAAACUGACGACUCAGUACCUGGUCCUGGAUCAUAUGAACAACCACUAUAAGAAACUGUCCAAUGUUAAGCCUUCCAUUGACAACACCCCUCCGAAGUCCAUUGCAAAGAGCCAGAAAGUUCGUGACAGAUGCCAGCGUGCUCAAAGCAGCAGGCCAGGAAGCCGUUACUCAGACCGACCUGCCUCUAGGAAUACAGGGCGUCACUCCCAACUGGCAGACUCUGAUAUCUAUGAUGAGACUUACUGGGGCAACCCAGAGGAUGAAGAAGAGACCAAUGUCAUGAGUAUCAUGAAGAAUGUCCUGAAGAAGUCAUCACAUAAGUCCUCUGUUCAUAGACAGGACAAUGCUGGGCUGGAGAAGACAAUGGCCUGGCCUCAGAGUGUGUCAGCCAUACAGCACAGGGAGACAGGGCGGCCACCCCGUCCAGUAUCUGCGCGCUCCAUGGGGUCCACCAUGUCCAGGACGGGCAUCCACACGGUGGCUGGCAAAACAAGCGGGGAUGUACUUGAGAAGAGAUCUCACGCAUUCACAGAACCCGAUCGGCCAUUCACCCCACGCACUCUGAAGUCAACACGUGGCUCCAGGCUCCUUGAGUACAAAUACUACACCCCUCCCAAGAAGAGCUCAUCAAAACGUGACAGCAGUGAUAAAGAUGCUCUAGACUCCCAAACAUCACCUAUGCACCAUACAACACCUACGCCCAAACCCAGAAAACGUGCCCCGUCGGCUAAAAAUAGACUGGACAUCACACAGGACUCUGAGAACACCCUGAUGUAUGAGACGUUACAAACACGAGACAUGUCUCGUGCAAGACCCGACAAGACCCAGAUGGUACCGCCUCUAGACAUCUCGGUUGACAAAGACCAUAUGAGCUGGUUACAGGAACAAGCCACCAAGGCCCAGAUCCGUGUCAGCGCCCGGUCCUCACAGGGUGGGAAGGAAGGAGGUGUCGGACAGAGAUCCCCGAGGGAUCUCAGGAGAUCAGGAGAACAGAACAGGGGUUUUGGGUCGGGUAGAUCCUGGGCUCAGGAGAGAUUGUCAUCUGAGGAAGAGGAGCUGAGAUAUGUGGAGUUUGUGAGGGCAGUCACUCAGGAUGUCUUAGACAGGGGCAUAUUUACUAACAGAGUACUUUUGCAUGCAUUUGAGACUCACAUUGAGAAAAACAAACAUCACCUGGAUGAGCGUAAAAUGAGGUCUCUGUUGGCCCAGCUGAGAGAAGAUCUGGGGAUACCAUCCGCUCGUGAGGCUGAUAUGGAUUAUGAAAAUGUGGGACACAGCUCUCGCAGGUCUUCAGGGUAUCGCAGAGGAGAAUUGAACCAUGAGAACACAUUAACACCUCAAUACAAGCCAAGGGCAUACAACUCACUGAGUUUAGACAAGACGGGUACUUACAACCCACAGAGUACAGAGAUACAAAACUCACUGAGUAUGGGCAAGACAGGGGAUUACAGCAUACAUGGUCUAGAGAACACAGGGAUAGGUAACUCACUGAGUAUGGACAAAACAGGGGAUUACAACAGACACGGCCUAGAGAAUACAGGGAUGCACAACUCACUGAGUAUGGACAAAACAGGGGAUUACAACAGACGCGCCCUAGAGAAUACAGGGAUGCACAACUCACUGAGUAUGGACAAGACAGGGGAUUACAACAGACACAGGCUAGAGAACACAGGGAUGCAUAACUCACUGAGUAUGGACAAGACUGGGGAUUAUAACAGAGACGGGCUAGAGAACACAGGGAUGCACAACUCACUGAGUAUGGACAAGACUGGGGAUUAUAACAGAGACGGGCUAGAGAACACAGGGAUGCACAACUCACUGAGUGAAACAGGGGAUUACAACCCACAGGGAUCAGAGGGAACAGAAAUGUACAACUCGCUGACUAUGCAGAAAUCAUUGGCAUACAAUACUAAAGGCUUGGAGAAAACAGGGACAACAACCUGGCUGAGCGAGGAUGAGGGAACAUUGCGAACUACACAGUUAGGGGAGACAACUGAGGACGAGUACUUGAUGACACUUACAGGAGGCAUGCAGACAAAGGAGCCGUCAUAUACAGCCACACUGGAGAAUGAUAGAGAUGAACUGUCGGUCAGCCAGGCCCUGAAGACCUACCAGCUUACCAUACAACAGCAAGACUCUCUGGAAAACCCUCUGGCCGGGGACUACACUAACAACUCUGGUCUAAGCCAGGAAUCUCAGCUAGACCGGGUGGAGAGCAGAGCUGCCUCGGAGGUGUCUGGGAGGUCAGAGCAAGAAACACCCCGGAGCAAGCGGCGACAGAAAAGACAACAGUCACAGGUGUCGAAUGGCUUCAUAGAAAGUGCCUUUCAGUUGGGUGAUGAUGACAAACAGUCUGUGAUGUCCCUGAGCAGAGACAAUGUCGGAAGCCAAGACAGAGUAUCCUCCCCAUCUUCACAGAUCUCCAGGAACUCCCUGAGAAACACUAGACCCCAUCUGAGAGGGGAAGAACAGAAGACAGGUGCUUCCAGGUUCAUUCAUGGAUCUGCCGUGGGGAAUAUGAAAUUUAGUAAUUCUGUCAGUAAUGGCAUGGGGAAAGACAAUAAAUCUGGUGAUCUAGGAGGGUCCAGUCAUGGUCAUGAAAGCCCUGGUGAAAAUGAUGAUGAAUCCAAUGUUGAUCGAUACAAAGACCAUGGUUUUCAAUCCGCAACUCGCAGUGAUCGUGAAUCAGAAGCUGGUGACACCAUGAGUCAUGAAGGUGAACCCGUUGACAACAUUGGUAAAGGAUCUUUCGUUUACCACAAUGGAACAAGAGAUGAUUCUGACACAGCUGAAAAUAUUGCACCCUACAGUGCGUCAGCGAAAAGAUCAUCUAAUGCUAGGCAACAUCAUCGACUCAAGGAUAAAGAAUCCAAUGCUGAGCCACCUGAUGGCGAGGACACCAAUGUUGAUGACUACGAGGAUGACUAUGAGGAGGACAUGGCUGAUGCAGACGAUGAGAAUGCCACCACCCUGACACACAGGUCAUCAGAUGAUGACUUUUAGAUGCCAUAUACUUGGAUGCAUAGGUAUAUAGUAGUACUGCUGACAGUAUUUAUUUUAACAUGGAAACUGCUUAUAUAAAGUGAUAUGCGACCAAUUUACAGAACAUACACUACUAUUGAGUUUAUAGAAGGUAACAUCAGUGCAUUAGGUAAUACUGCUGAUAAAUAAUAUUACAUAUCUGUGAUACAUGUGUUUGUGUUCUAAUACAUAUGUAAAAGAGGUUGAAUUAUAUUUACAAGCACUUCUCAUUUUUGAUCAGUUGUACAGUUUUAUCCAUACUUGUAAUGAUCUGAGAGGAUAGUAACUUCUGAACAAUGUCAUCUUGGUUUUUAUUCGUUUGUCCAUAUAUAGCAAUAUAUAUAUAAGUGAUGUAUUCUCGAGUGCAGCGUAAAACACCAAUCAAAUAAAUAAAUCAUAUAUAGCAAUGAAAGGGGAACAUUACAGGAAGAUGAUGAACUACAGGGCAUGGUUCAAGUGGUUUAAGACUUAAUACCAGAUUUAACUUUAAGCCAAGUCUUCAGUUUUUUAGUAGUGUAACAGUAUAUUAAAUGUAAACAUAAACUGCAGCUGCUAAACUUUGAUUUAGGAGAACUGCAUUAGCUGGUGGGUUUGGCCAAAUGUUAGAUAUAAAAUAUGACUUAAUAUCAGUAUUUGAUAAUACACGUUCGAACAACUGGGCCCACCAUUCAAGCAUUCAGUUAACCACAAACACAUUAAUAUAGAAAACUUUCUGAUAUUAUUAGCCAGAUGUCAGUAAAGAUGCUUGGGAUUGCUUUUCCAGCAUUUUAUUCUGUAAACUUUCGAAUACUUUAAAUCUUACACCUUUUCCACCGGCUACAGCCCGUUUUUAGUGGAACUAAUGCAUACAAUUAUUAUGAAAAUGAUGCUGAAAAUGAUUUGUUGGUGUCAUUAAAAAUGCAAGCUUCAUAAAACUGUGCAAAUUAUUUCUCUACACCCCAUCGUUCUGUCAGGAUAUUGGCUGCAGAGGUGAUUGAAAAGGUUGAAGAAUUAGGGCAGUCGGUAUUGUAAACAAGGGCAGGUAACUCUCACUGGAAUAAUGAAUGAUCAUUGCCUCUGUAUUCAGUUAAUAUACGAGUGCAUUAUAGUCACGGGAAUGAUCGUAGACACAGAUUUGGAAGGAAACCGCUUCAAACCUGUUUUGAGAGUGAGCAGGAUUUCCAUACUGAUACAGAACUUGUGGAAAGUUAAUUUGUAUGACUGUUAGUUUUAUUUGUACUGUGUUAUUUCUUGUCAAUCUUAAUUUUAUUAGUACUACGCAACAUUAAUUUACAGCAUGUUUAGAUAUGCAUGUGUGUUUAACAAGUGUCGACGUGUUUGUUUUAUUCGUAAAGAAGUUAGAACAUUGUAAUCAAAGCUGUACAGUUGUUAAUAUUAUUAUCCUAAUGAGCAAGAUGAAUCUAACCUUGUAUAUUCAUUAUUAUUCAUACAUCUCAUUUACAUCAACUUUUGGAAUUUAUCAGUCGUGUUGUUAACACCUUUUAUUCAUUGAGUUUACUUUAAAUUGGCCUUAUCAUAUGGCAAAUGUGAAUGAAUUGCUCAAUUGGCUAUUUACAUACUUGUAAGGAAUACACUGAUUUACCAAACUGUUUGUGAUAUUACAAAUUCCCGUCCAUCGUGUGCAUACAUUAUAUGUACAUGUGUUACAUUGUGUGAUGCUUUGAGGUUUUAGCAUCAAAUGUUUUAAUUAUCCUGAUCCAAUUGUUUGCAUAUGUAGCUUAUGACUUCCAUGACAAAUGUGUUUAAGUUGACAUAGAAAGGCCAUUUGCAUGUGGAAGCAAAGAAGACUUGGUACUGUUAGACUCGGGCCUUUUACCCUUUGUUGACUUUUAGCAUAAUAUGCCUUACCUGUAUAUGCCUCUUAAUACAUGUACUAUUUAUAUGCAUUCUAUGUGCAUUUUUGAGGAUUCCAUCAGUCUGUAAUAGUAUCUCCGUCCAUAUUUUUUACAGUCGAACACCGUGUAUUCUGUAUGUAACUUUUGCAUUAACAACAUGCUUUCGCUAUACAUUUGUUAAAAGAAACAAAAUAAAGCAAAGUUUUAUUGCAUGUAGAUGUUA